GUAAUUCGUGCGAUUAUUGUUGCGGUGGCAUCAUUUAAUUUUUUAAUCAAUGUAAGCCAAUUCAGUCUUGUUAUAUCGCAUCAAAAUCUGAUUAAAUUCACUGAUGGUCGCCUGAUCAAGGUACAAUUAGUUAGACUUAUAUAUUCCAGAUUUCUUUCACCUGACUAGUAUCCCCGCCCCCUAAGAUGACAGAGGUGAUCAAGCGACAGAAGGACAGGACCAUGCCCCCUCCCGGCGGAAGGGGAAGGGGCAGGGGAGGCCCCCCUCAGGCUGGAAAGGGGAGGGGGUCGGAUGUUGGUGGAAUGAGGAGGGCCACUGAAGCUACUGACAAAACAGCCAACGACUUCAGGUCACCAGAGUCAAAGGUGUUGCAGGGAGUGAGUGUGAUUAGCCAUGAUGGGGAUGUGCUCACUCUGGCAUUCGACGACGCCUGUGCCUCCGAGCUGGUCGGCUGUCUCAACAACGACAUCAAAGAAGUGGUCCGUCAGUUCCAGGAGAAGAACCGGUUCUCGCCCGAGUUCAUCCCCGAGAUGGCAGAGAUCAUCGCCACGUGUGUGCGGGACCUGGUGAAGAAUGCAGUCGCCUCCCAGAUCCAGCUGGGGUUCCAGAAGAGUGGAUCCAAACACAGGGAGACCAUUCGAAAGACCUUCAAGUCCGCAUUCUUCCAGAGUGUCCAGGUUCUGUUCGACGAGGAGACAGAGGCGAUCAUCUCCCGGAAGGUGAAGGACCAGCUGAAGGGCUACAGACCCCAAUCCUCCCCCCACCACCUGCUGAAGGAUGUGAAGGAGCUGACUAAGAAGGUGGAGAUGAGCAAGACAUUCAACGGACAGAACAGACCACAGUCGGCAGAAAUGUAAAGUAGCUAAUGAAAUAAAGGUGAAAUAGGAGAAGAACAAGCAGCUGUCCGGCACAACUGGAAUAGCCCACCUCAAAGUCAUCAACUUUCUCAAGAGUUGAAGUUGCCAAAUAACUAUUUUCAUAAGAACCAAUUUUAAUAUUGUUUAUUUUUCUUUGUUUGUUAAUAUUAAUUAUUUAGUUUUGACGCCAUUAUACCCUGAUGACCAAUUAAAUUUAUAAAUUUG